UCUUACAUGGAUGAUAUGGAGGCAGGCUAUUUUGAUCUUCGACAAAAAUUACAGUCACAAAAUAAGUCGAAGAUACACCAGCAAUUAUGCGAUACAGAACCUGGGAGAGCACACCAAAUAGAGGAAAGAAACGGAAGAAGAUUUUAUACAAGAGAUUCUCCAAACUAUCAAGAAAUUCUUCGAAAACUACAUGAAGGAAUUCAACAGAGGCGACUAUUUUCAGACGAAGAAUGCGAAAGGAUUGAGAGUAAAAUAGACGAAGUUGUUUUAUCUGGUGGCAGGGGCGAAUACAAGCAGUACACAGUCGAUCGUUCACCCCUCAGAAAUAAAUAUUUUUUUGGAGAAGGCUACACUUAUGGUUCACAAUUGCUUAAAAAAGGCCGAGGGAUGGAAAAAUUGUAUCCGCAUGGAGAAGUAGAUAAUAUCCCUAACUGGAUCCAAAAUCUGGUUAUCAAGCCCAUUGUGGAAGCCAACAUCGUACCCGAAGGAUUCAUUAAUAGUGCUGCUAUCAAUGACUACCAGCCGGGAGGAUGCAUUGUCUCUCAUAUAGAUCCUGCCCACAUUUUUGAUCGACCAAUCAUAUCCGUGUCUUUUAUGAGUGACUGUGCACUAAGUUUUGGAUGCAAAUUUAGCUUCAAGCCGAUACGAGUCACAGAACCCUUACUUAUUCUUCCCAUGGUUAGAGGCUGUGUAACUGUUUUGAGUGGGUUUGCUGCAGACAGUAUUACACAUUGCGUUCGACCCCAAGACGUAAAGAAACGUCGAGCGGUAAUCAUUUUAAGGAGAGUUCUACCCGACGCUCCUCGUCUAAGCCCUGCUGAACUAACACUGAUCUCCGAGCCAAAAGCAAACAGUCAAGACAGGAGUAAUCCCAAAGAACGUUCUGUGAAACAUGAUGAGCCAAAAGUCUCCAAAAGUGCCUCAACAACAGAAUCGUUAGACAAAAGGGUUCGUUAUGGAAGCAAACGAAGAACAAACGAUCAACAUGAAGGUCGGCAUGUUGAAGAUCUUGGAGACGAAGAUUUUGAACCUUUUCAUAAGAAAAGGAAGCAUGAACUAGAUUUGUCUGAAGUUGGUUCUGAAAGUUUCUCAGUCUCUUCUCGUGUUGUCAUACCAAGAAAAGGUAACUUUAAGCAUUCGUGACGGAAGUUAUGUCCCGGUGUGUACAGUGGAAAUUCUCUUUUAUGGAUAAUUAUGGCUUGUUUAUAUUGCUUCAAAUUAAUACCUUGAUAUUCGGGUACAGGUAGGCCAAUUGUUAGAUAAAACCAUCUAAUGCUGUCAUAUUUUAACCCUAUAGUGGCAGUUCUACCGAUACGAGUAAGGUCUUUUUUUUUUUUUUUUUGAAGAAUAGCCUUCUUCGUAUUCUAAAGUUUGAUCAUUUCCAAGAUCGUUGAUUUGCUAGAUUAAGAUUUCAGAUUCAAAGAUGUUUAUUCAAGAUGUUUUCUCAAAUUAUAAACUCCUAUAAAAUGGGAUUUCCACUGCAUUAAGAAAAAAAAACAUGUAUAUGUAACAUAAGAAGUUGUAUUGACGAUCAGAGUUGGUAGGGAUUCUUGUCAGAUAUAGCUGGUAAUGCUCCAUUAGCGUUGUUUAUUAUUAUAAUUUCUACACAAUUGUUUGAUCAUUGUACGUGCCUAUUUUCAUCUGAUGUGUAAACAGAAGGUAAAAAUAUCUACAUUACUUACUUUUAAAAACAAGAAAUCGUAUGCUUCUGAUCGUCAACAAACGUACUGGUCUGUAGCCAUAAUUUUUCUGUGGAUCGUGUCUUGGCCAUACUAGACAGUCUGCCGUGUUCUGUUUGAAGUUUCGGUAUGAUGAGGCGAAACGCACUCUUGGUGUAAAGAUGAGAGAUAUUUGUUUCUCACUGUACAAAAACAAACUAUAUUUAUCUGUAAGUUUUGGCUUGGAACCAGCUAGAUAAAAGUUUUUAUAUAGUUAGGUAUGGUACAGUUGUAUGUGUGACGUUUUACUGACUGAGAAAUGAAGCUGUUCUAAUUCUACUUCACAUAUUCAUCCAUUUUCAGUUAGCAUCUGAACUCCUUCCAAUUUCGACAUAUCAGGUCAAAAGUCUUUUCAGAUAUGUUAAAGAACUUGAACAUGUAAAAUGUUUUUUUUAUUUGUGAUAUUAUUACAGUUUUAAUGUGUAACUACCGUGUCAAGUUGGUUUUCUUUACUUCUAAGAUCACGUGACAGAUGGUGUUGAUGUUUUAGCGACAGUAACCAAACAGUGCCGUUUCGUCUAAAGUUGCCGUGAAUACUUUUAUCUGGCGACAUUCUUAUCGUGGUGUCUUUUCUUUCACAAAAUUACCUUUCAUUUUCUCCAGUUAUAGUUUGAACUUAAGCUAUACGUACCUUUUAAUGAAACGGACUUGUUUUGUUUUUCGUAAUCAUAAGUAACCAGACCUUUACGUACGACACAUUUUGUCGUCCAUUCUUAAUAGAACUUUGAAGAAAGUCUAAAUCUUUUACUCUUUCUGAUUACAAAGUACAGAAAUAAAAACAACAACAUUAUAUAUAUAAGUAUCCCAUUUCAACAACAUUCUGAUGAGCAAAGCUCCAGUUUGUGGAGAAAUUUGACACUGAAAUUUCUUGUGGCUUUCUGUGUUUUCUAAAAUAUUAUGCCUGACAACGAAUAUCAAAGGUUCAUCACUUUAAAAAUGGUUUACCAGUCUUUUGUGACUUAUGAAUAUUAACAAAUAGUGUGAUACAGAGUAAGUGUAAUCUGAUAAAUACUACGUCAGCGGGAAAAAUAUAUAAAGUAAAUCACCAGAUUAGUUUAUUCAUAAAGAUAAAUCGUGAUCUUUAAGAACCCUACAAGUGAGCAUGACGAGCUGUUCCUGACAAGAAAUAACGAAUAUUCGUCGUAUUAACUGGCUGUGUAUGAUAGUAGAAUUAUGUAGACAGAGUUUUUGUAAAAGUUUUAUUUAUAAAGAUUAUAUAAAUCCAUCAGAUGGAUCGGUAGCCAUUUUGUAACAGUCAUUAUAAGCUCUCUUCACACUUCCACACAAAAAAACUGGGGGAGAUUUGGUGUGUAGGGUAUCAGCGGAAACCUAGUUUGUCGAUGCCUAUUGUGAUAGACGAUACUUCCUGUUUAUCUUUAAGUUGUUGUGAAGUGUUUUAUAAAUAAUGUUGUUCGGCAUAUUCUCUUGUCACAGUAAUUUUUCAUCAUCACACGAGUACGUACAAAGAACAAGCAUUAUGCAACUUGGACGCUUCUGUUUACUGUAAAAGGCUUUGUUCUGUUUUAAACUUAUCAAAUGUUGUUAACUAUAGUCAUUAAUGAUAGAAAAAUACAUUGUAAAUAUACUUGUAGGCUGUUAAGAUUUUUAAAAGUGGGAUGUUCUAAGAAUUCUUUGUAAAAAGUGAAACAAAAAAAUUUAACAAUAACAAUUUCAUAUUUACAUUUAUAUGCCUUUUCUAUCUUAUUGAAAACAAAAAAAACUUCAGAAUUUUGUUAUAAGUUUGUGAUGUAAUUGUUGAAAACCUCAGAAUCCAAUUCUCCCCCUCCCAGAUUGUGAUAUACAGCUGUUAAUUGUAUGAUUUGUGUUUUAUAUUCUAGCCUAAUUUUGUCGUAUUAUGUAGCUUGAACAAAAAUUAAACAUGAUUUAUUUAAGUGAUGGUUA